AAGGCAAAGUGAUCGAUGACUUAGCUUUUGGUCUAAGCUCUACAAACAAUGGCAAGCUCCAUGCUUUACUUCUCAACAGCACGACCUUAACAUCCAAAACAUUGAUUCAGUCGUCACUAUAUUUGCCAUCGACGUUCAACUACCCUACCCUUCACUAUAAAUACUCAACCUUGCCCAUCACUUCCUACUCAUUCCUACCUUUUCCCACAUUCCCAAGUUUCUCUCUUUGAAAUCUAACACAACCAUGGCGGCUAUGUUGGCACUGUUAGUGAUGACUUUCGCCAUCGUCUUCGGCAACUCAGCUGCUGAUCCAGACAUGCUUCAAGAUAUCUGCGUCGCCGACUUCGCUUCUGCGGCGAAAAUGAAUGGUUUCGCUUGCAAGGACGCGGCAAAUGCAACAGCGGAGGACUUCUUCUUUGCCGGAAUAGCCAAGCCAGGACUCACCAACAACACCUUCGGCUCUUUGGUGACUUUAGCCAAUGUGCAGAAGAUCCCAGGUCUUAACACCCUCGGCGUGUCGAUGGCUAGAAUUGACUAUGCUCCCGGAGGCAUCAACCCACCUCACACUCACCCACGCGCCACCGAGAUAGUCUUCGUGCUUGAAGGUUCGUUGGAUGUUGGGUUCGUUACCACAGCAAACAAGCUCAUUUCAAAGACCAUUGCCAAAGGUGAAGUGUUUGUGUUUCCAAAGGGGUUGAUUCACUUCCAGAAGAACAAUGGCAAGGUCCCUGCUGCCGUGAUCGCCGCGUUCAACUCUCAGCUGCAGGGUACCGCCAACAUUGCCCUUACAUUGUUCGCCGCCUCGCCGCCGGUGGAGGAUGAUGUGUUGACCAGUACUUUCCAGGUUGGUACUAAAGAGAUUAAGAAGAUCAAGGCCAAGUUUGCACCCAAGGCCUAGAAAUUUUCAGUCUUAGCUUGAUUGAGUGUGGGAAUUGUAUUAUGUUUUAGUUAACCAUUGUGUUUCUUUUUUUUCUUUUGUUUCAUUCUGUGUUUCUUUCUGUUCCUUCAAAAUAAGUCUUCUUGUAUGGUGGUUGAUACAUACUUGAUAACAAGUAGUUAAUAACACAUUCAAGUCUGGAGGAGUAGUUGUCUUCCUAAUCUGAAAUGAUUUAAUAACUAGCUUCUUGGUGAAGUUUGUUACACUUUCUAACCAGAGAUUCACCAACCUUGGUGGAACUUUCAUUGCUAUUGAUGUUCUUCAACAAUGGAAAAG